CAGCGGGAAGACCCCGGAGAUGCUGCUGGUCCUGCUCGGCUGCCUCCUGCCUGCCGCCGGCGCCGGCGGGGAGAGCUGCCUCCGCUGCUGGCCAGAGCUGCCCCUGCUGAUGGACUACGACCUGCAGGUCCUGUGGGGUCCGCCGGGGCCACCCCGGGAGCUCUCCCGAAGCCUCCAGGCCCUGCUCCUGCAGGCUCCCGUCCUGCUGGAGCCCCGGUAUCUGGGGCAGGAGCAGCUGGAGCGAGAAGCAGCCGAGUUAUUCGAUCACAUCGACAGAGCCAUCGGGAAGUUUCGGGCUGACACACCGUCACUCCUGAACGAGCUUCACGUCCAGAAGCAGCUGUUUGCUGAGAGGCUGAGCAAGGCUUCUGAGGAGCUCAAGGAGCAGGGUGAGAGGGGCUGCCCGCCACGCCCGGCCCUUCCCGCCUUCAGCCCUGAGGCUGAGAGCGGAGUCCAGUCAUCCCUGCCCCCUACCGGGCGCCUGUCCACACCUCCCAGCGUCACUUCCUGCUCACACCCCGCCCCUCCUGGCCCUGUCUGCCUCCCUGGCACCUCAGUUUCUCCACCAUCUCACCCUCGGGCAGCCUGCAACAGCUCCUGUGCCCUACCCUUCAAACUGGAGGUCAUCAGCUGUGUCAACUGCAGAGCACACCUCCUCACCUGCAGAGACCCCACCCUCUGCCCAGGUGGCACCUCCGAGAUCCGGCAGGUCCACAUGUCCCGCUGCAGAACCACAGAGUGGCCUGUCCCUGGACGCCUCGCUCGGCUGCAAAGCCAGCAGGCUGAGACCGGCCCAGACCGUCUCCACCCCCAGAUCUGCUCUUCCCUCGGGGCUCUCUUAGCAAAUGGCCCCGCCCUAAGAGCUCAGCCUCCUGAGCCAGAAAUCGCCCUCCCCUUCCCCAGUCAUGGAACCAUCAAGUCUUAUGAAAUAAUUUGCUGGAGCCAGCAGACUCUCCUGUGGGCUGUGAGCCUCUGCAUUACUCUGUCCCUGGCAGUCGUAGCUGGAGAUGGUACAUUUUCUGGCACAAGAAGCAGGCAGAAGAGCAGGGACCCAGCAGGCUGCCUGUCCCCCAGAGCUGAGCAGGGGUCCCCGCGCUGUCAGGAAGCCCCCUCUCCGGACCCCCUGCAUGGCAAGGUGACUGCUCUGGGUUCUGCCUUGUGAAGUCCCUCAUUAAACUCCCUCGGUG